AUGGCCCGCGUCUUGGAAGGCAAAUUCGGCAUCGUCACUGGCGGAUCGCGGGGUAAAGUGCCCUUCCCCGCAUUAGGAAAAGCAGAGACUAACACGCUGGCAGGAAUUGGCGAAGCAAUUGCUCGCAACCUAGCUGCAAAGGGCUGCAACCUCCUCCUCAACUUCACAUCCGAGUCUUCGCGCGCCCCCACCGAAGCACUCUGCUCCUCCCUCACCUCAACCCACGGUAUCAAGUGCGAGAGCGUGCAAGCCGAUCUCAGCAAGGCCGCCGAAGCAGUGACGCCAAUUAUUGCAGCCGCCCAGCAACACUUUAGUAAAGAUGGCAAGCUCCAGAUCGACAUUCUGGUCAACAACGCCGGUGUCUCAUCCGACCGCAACCUAAACGACGCCAACAAGGGCCCCAUCGAGGCCGAGCACUUCCACUGGCAGUACUCCAUCAACGUCCUGGCCCCACUCCUCCUCACACAGGCCUGCAGUCCCUACCUCCCCACCGAUCGCAGUGGCCGCAUUGUCAACAUCUCCAGUGUUUCAUCCUCGCUGGGAUUCGUCGGCCAGUCCAUUUACGGUGGAACCAAGGCUGCGAUUGAGGCUAUGACUCGUACCUGGGCUCGUGAGCUUGCGGACCGUGCUACUGUCAAUGCAGUCAACCCUGGUCCUGUUAUUGGCGAUAUGUACUUUGCCACUGGAGAUCAGUUCUGGAAGGAUAUCCAGGGAUAUCAGGAUAACACACCGCUGAGCAAGUUGGAUCUUAAUAAUGAGGAUACAAUGGCUCGCUUGACAGAUGAGCAAAAGCGUCUUAUUCAGGAGAAGAUGGGUGGGCGCAGACCGGCCUUUACUUCUGAGGUUGCUGGUGUUGUUGGCAUGCUUUGCACGCCUGAUGGACUUUGGUGUACUGGCAGUGUUGUUUGUGCUAAUGGUGGUAUGAAGAUGGGACAAUGA